ACCCCAUCUUCCAACAUAUUCCAAUUGGGGGUUAGGGUUUCUGGUAGUUACAAAGAGCGUUUCAUCCUCGGUCCUCUUGAGCUCCUCGUUAUCUCGGAGAAUCAGCGAUCAUGGCCGAACAGACGGAGAAGGCGUUUCUGAAGCAACCCAAAGUGUUUUUGUGCUCGAAGAAAUCUGGGAAAGGGAAGAGGCCUGGUAAGGGCGGGAACCGCUACUGGAAGAGCAUUGGUCUGGGAUUCAAGACUCCCAGAGACGCCAUUGAAGCAACAUACAUUGACAAGAAAUGCCCCUUCACUGGUGAUGUCUCAAUCCGAGGCCGCAUCCUAGCUGGCACAUGCCACAGUGCCAAGAUGAUGAGAACCAUUAUUGUUCGAAGAAACUAUCUCCACUAUGUUAAGAAAUACCAAAGGUAUGAGAAGAGGCACUCAAAUAUUCCUGCACACGUCUCCCCAUGCUUCCGUGUGAAGGAAGGAGAUCAUGUUAUCAUUGGCCAAUGCAGGCCUUUGUCGAAGACAGUGAGAUUCAAUGUCUUGAAGGUCAUCCCUGCUGGAUCUUCCGCUGGUGGAAAGAAGGCUUUCACUGCCAUGUGAACUUUGUCUGGCCAAAUUUCAUUGGAAGAAAGUAGUCAGGGAUCCUGUUGAAGAUUGCACAAUUCUUGUGAUGCCCAUUCUAUUUCUCUUCAGCAUCAAUUUUGUUGUCUCCCGGCAUCAUUUGACAACAUUUUUUCAGGGUUAAUGAAGACAUGGUAUCUGAAUCUAUCUUAAAUUAAACUUGGAUGUACACUACCACAAUAUCGUAGCAUUUUCUUUUUGCAUUCCACGAUAAGUUAAACGAUCUAUGCUAUAUGAUUAAACAUGCAUGAAUCUCCCCGUGUGGGAAAUAAGAUUCAAUGUCUGCAGCACAUAUCAAAUGACCAAAGCGCUAUGUUUGACUGUUGAGAUGCUGUAUUAUGUGUGUUAUGCUUGUUGCCCAAAGAAUAAGGAUAUCUCCUCCCCUCGGGGCUAGGGCGCUCCACGGGGGGUAUUCACUGGUUAUGUCACAUGUAGCUUAAUCCUUGUUCAAUUUAGCUGGAACUUGUCAGGUGCUGCAUGCC